AUGGCUAAAAAAAAUUCAAAAAAUAAAAAGAAUGAGGUUCUAAAGGAAUCUGAUGCAUUACCUCUGUUAGAAUUCAAAUUCGAUGAACCAUUAUUUCAAAUGGCUUCUCAUCCAGAAGAACCUAUCAUUGCCGUUGGUCUAUCUAAUGGAUACAUAUAUUGCUAUAGAUAUAACCCUGAGGCACUAGUCACAUAUUUGAAGGAACAUAAAAAGGCAUUCAAAUUAACAGAUGAAAAUACUGGUGAGAAAAAUGAAGUCUUUUGGAAAAUGGUUAAUGUAUCCCAAGAUGAAGGAACUACUCAAGCAGAUAAUGACACAGUUACGUUAAUGUGGAAGACUAGACGUCAUAAAGGUAGUGUUAGAUGCAUUUCAAUGGAUCCAACCGGAAAAUUUAUUUAUUCCAUUGGUACUGAUAAUAUUUUGAAGAAGGCUGAUGUACUUUCAGGUAAGGUAUUACAAAAGACUAAUAUUCAGAAUAAUAAUCAUAAGUUUAGUAAAAUGGUUGUAUCAUCAACUCAUCCAAUACUGCUACUAGGUGACGAAGUUGGUAAUAUUUAUACAUUAGAUACAAAAACAUUCAAAUUACUAAAUGUUAUUAAAGGAAUCCAUGGAGGUGACUCUAUCAAUGAUAUUUUCAACUUCGCUAAGAGAUCGGUAUAUAAAUUCAUUUCUGUAGGUGAAACUACUCUUGCAUACUGGGAUUGUAGGAAUAGCAACGAAAAUGACUCUACUGAAACAGAUGAAAUGAAAAGAAAUGUAGUCUACAGUGAUGACCAAGAAGAUGAAAUUUUAUGUGGAACCUUUCUUGAUCCUGAAGAAGGUGAUACUGUUGUUUGUGGUAUGGGUGAAGGGGUUGUAACCAUAUGGAAACCUAAAAAGAAUGAUUUAGAGGAUCAAUUAUCAAGAAUUAAGAUUACAAAAGAUGACAGUGUGGAAUGUAUCGUACCAACAUUACAAGACGAUAAUUGUGUAUGGUGUGGCUGCUCCAAUGGUAAACUAUAUAAAGUUGACAUUAAAGGUAGUAGGAUAUCAGAGAUUAGAACACAUAAUUCAGUCGAUGAGGUUCAAUUUUUGGAUUUAGAUUAUGAUUAUAGACUAGUGUCGGGUGGUAUGGAUAAUAUUAAAAUUUGGGAGUCUCAAAAUAGAGAAGGGAAUGAUUUGGACUCUGAUGAAAAUGAGAAUGUAUCAGAUUUGGGGUCAAGUUCUGAGAACGACUCUGUAUCUGAUUUAGAUGAUGUUUCUGACGAUGAAAAAGAACUAUCUGGUCUGUCAAGAGAAGAGUUAAUUGCUGAACUUGAUAAAGAUCUAAUAAAUGACGAUGACAGCAACAGUGAGGAAAUUCCAGAAACCGUUGAAGAUAAUUCUACUUGUAAAAACAAAAAGAGAAAAACAAAAGCUGAGAAUGCUAAACAGAACAAGAAAAUAAAACAAGAAAAGAGAACAUAUAACGACUCUCAUGGUAUAACUAAAUUUGACGAUUUGUAA